AUGGCCCCCAUAGCAGCAGUGGCGCCUGCUAGCAGUCAAUCAGCGACUCCCUCCAACACAGAUAGCCUUCUGAACCGCGGCAAGAAUCUACGGAGAGCCUCAACCCUGUAUCGGCCACGACACCAGCAGCAGCUUCCGACUCCACGACACGGUGAGGAAGGCAGCCUUCAGGCACACCGGCCUCGAGACCGUCAGAGUUACCAGAUCGCGCCGCGGCAGCAGACGUUGUAUCUGCCAGACUCACAACGACCCUCAUCCUCCCGCAGCCACAUGCGAGGCUGGGAUCAACAGGAAGCCCGCAGCCGGAGCCCGUCGUGCUCCAAGAAGCUGCCGCUUUCCGACAGCUCCUCGCAGCAGACGCAGGCCGAGAGCUUCAGCAGCAGCCUACCGCCGUCGUCCGCAAGCAUGACGAGUGAGGAAUUCGAAGCCCUACCGCCUACCGUUCGGAGAAAAUAUUUCUCGACUCUGGAGCGGCUGCGCUUUGCCCAGUCUACCUGUUGUGCUGGGCACCCCGAUCAGUCCCUGGUCGGCCUGAACCAGUCGGCAUCAUCCCUCGCAAGCGAGGAGGACGUCCACCACCUACCAGGGUCGCACUUCGGACUCGGGUCCGACCUGUUCACCUCUGGAACACUUCACCAGCACUUGCGCGGUCGACCGAAAUCCGCUCUUCUACUUCCUAGCCAGACUGACAACACGUACCGACGACCAUCCGACAGCGGAGAGAGACAGUCGAGUACAUCUCAUUCAAAUCACAAGAGCAUCAUACUGGACGCGACCGACGAAGCCUUUGUCAAGAUCAACAAACGACAGUCGCAGCUCCCCAAGAUAGGCAACUAUCUGGAUCAACCUAACUCUUCCCAGCUCUACACAGCCAUGGGCAAGACGCCUGACCACGAAUCCACAAAGUUUCUAGCUGUCGAGUCUGAACCGGACUCGGUCAUGGAGAGCUUGCGGUGGCUCGAGGCGAGCGACGACUUGGACCUUCGUCUUUGUCUACACGACCAGCAACCGAGCCCCAAACAAGGGAAGAAGAAGCGACCGGCUUUUCCUCGCCAUCUCUCAAUAUCGAAACUUUCCUUCGGACGGCCUUCUUCUCAACUCAGCCGCCCGGCAACCAAGACGAUGGCCUCUCCCGCACUGAGCGAGCAGUUUGUGGUACCGUCUCUACCCUCUCCCUCUGGCCACUUCCGUCGGAGGUCAAGGGCUCUGUCUCUGAUGGCGCCAAACAAGAGUCAGAUGCCUGAUGACUCCAGCGCCACUGACGCGGCUCCAUCUCAUUACCAAGACCCCGAAGCCCGCAUGAAGCUCCGCGUAUAUCUUGCGUCCCCGCACAAGUUUGAUGAGGCCAUCGAGUUUGGGUUCCCCUCUCUCUAUGACGUGCAGGGGAGAGAAUCCGUUCAGACUCCAUCGUGGUCACGCCAAGAGACACGCGACAGUGUAACGCAAUCUGCUGGCGAUGAUGCUGGGUCGCUCAUCAGCGAUCCCACCUCUCCCGUCGAGACGCUCUCGCCAAGAACACCAAAGAGCCCGGAUCAUCAAUCCGGAGAGCGCUCACCACGAUUGCACCACGGGGGAGGCUUCCCGAGCAAGGUGGACUAUGCCCAGGCGCCGGCAUCAUCCCGCGAGAUGACGCUGCGGAUGACGCUGACGCGGCCCGACCUCCGAGCCGACGAGGAGCAAAUGUAUGGCUGGCAGAAGCCAUCGUCAGCCAAGGCACAGGCACAUGAUGGACUUGCCCAGCCAAGGACCUAUGUCAAAGCUGCCAACUCCAAGGACAGCAUCAGCAUCGAGAGGCAAUUCGCCGCUUUCGACGAAGAGAAUGCUGGCGGGGACGGCAGCGUCGUGAAACGCAUCUGGAACCGAGUUCGCCGUUCAUGA